AUGUCUUCCAUCACCAUCAACACCAAAUAUCGCAUGCCCUCUGGCUACGAUAUACCAGCCUUGGGAUACGGUGUCUACCAGACCCCUGCCGCCGAGUGCGCGGAAGUUGUGGAACAUGCUCUCAAGAAUGGGUACCGCCACGUCGACUCCGCCGUCGCAUACCGCAACGAGCAGCCGUCCGCGGAGGGCAUGAAGGCUAGUGGCAUCCCACGCUCAGAGCUGUUCUUCACGACAAAGAUACCGCCCAAGGAAAUGAGCUACAAGAACUCGAAACAGCACAUCGACAACACGCUGAAGAUCACGGGCUUCGACUACGUGGAUCUGUAUCUCUUGCACUCGCCCUACGGCGGCAAGGAGAAUCGCAUUGGAGCGUGGAAGGCGCUCGUGGAAGGCGUGCAGGACGGCAGAAUCAGGUCCAUCGGUGUAAGCAACUACGGUGUCUAUCAUCUCGAAGAGUUGGAGGCAUACAUCAAAGAGACGGAGAGCAGCCAGGGCAAGGGCAAGGGUGGCGUGAUCAGCAUCAAUCAGGUAGAGCUGCAUCCGUGGCUUGCGAGGAAAGACAUCGUCGACUGGUGCAAGGCGAGAGGUGUGCUUUGCGAGGCGUACUGUCCCAUUGUAAGGGCGACAAGGAACGACGAUGCGCUUUUGACUCCCUUGGCGAAGAAAUAUGGAAAGACGCCAAGUCAGGUGUUGAUCAGGUGGAGUCUGCAGAUGGGCUUCAUCCCCUUACCCAAGUCGGUCACAAAGUCCAGGAUCGAGGAAAACGCCCAGGUCUACGACUUCGAGCUCUCCGCAGAAGACAUGGAGACCCUCGACACAGGGGCGUACGAGCCUUGCGCGUGGGAUCCUACGGUCAGUCGUGACUAG